AUGCCUAAUACACAAGAGUCAACUCAAUUGAAGGUUCUUAGGAAACAACGGGCUUCGAUAAAAGCACAGAUUACGCGUAUAGAGUCCUAUUUGAAUGAGGGAGAACAUUUCGACGUGCAUGAUUUACAAAGUCGUAAGGAAAGGGCAAUAGAGUUAGGCAGAAAAUUCGAAGAAAUUCAGUUGAGUAUAGAAAUAGAAGACGAAGAAUCGGAUCAUAAUGUCGAAAGGGAAAAUUUUGAACGUAACUAUUUCAGAAUAAUGAGCAUCAUUAAUAGACGGAUUGAGGGAUUUCGAGCUCCGCACACAUUGAUAAAUUCCGGUAGAGUCACAGAGUCGCCAAAUACUGUAAUGAUAAGACAAGAGAGCACGCUUCUACCAAAAAUAGAGAUCAAACCAUACGACGGUAAUCCAAUUGAGUGGCAUAGCUUCCACGAUACCUUUAAAACAGUAGUCCAUGAUAAUCAAGACAUACCAUUGGUGCAAAAAUUCCAUUUAUUGAAAAAUGCGUUACGUGGGGAAAUCGCGUCGGUAAUUUCCGCUUUAAAUGCGUCGGAACCCAACUAUCUGGUAGCUUGGGAGUUGUUGCAAAGACGGUGCAAUAAACCGCGACAAAUAGUUCAGUCUCAUUUAAAGAUUUUGUUUGAAUUAACGGAGGUAACGCGUGAUACACCCGCGAAUCUAAGAUCCUUGGCGGAACAAGCACAAAUGCAUGUAGAGGCACUCGCGACAUUAGGUCAACCUACAACACAGUGGGACGCAAUAUUAGUUUAUUUGAUAGGCAAAAAACUAGACAAAAAUACACGGCGCGGAUGGGAACGCACUUUAGAAAUCGACGAGAUGCCAACGUUCGAGCAAUUAUUGAAAUUCAUAAAUAAACAGGCGCGCGGCGAAGAACUCGAAACGGAAGUUCCUACUACAUCUAGGGGAAACGCGGGUCAGGAUCGUUUUCAACGAAGUAGGGUCAGUUCUAAGGGUCACACUUAUGUAGCAAUGGCGAACGUUAAUAAAUGCGUAAUGUGUAAAGACAAUCACGAAAUAUAUCAAUGUAAACAGUUUUUGCAAGCAGCAGUUCGCGACCGGUUAGAUGUUAUAAAAAGAAGCAGAUUAUGUCUCAAUUGCUUUCGAUCCAACCACUUAGUUAAUAAUUGUCACGCUAACGGUUGCAAAAAAUGUAAUCAGAAACACAAUACCUUACUACAUUCCAACAACGAGAACAGAGUAAAUACUAGUAAUAAUACUACACAGGUAGGAAACCAGGCAUCAAAUUCAGGAACGAAUGCGACCGCAUUAACGGUUACAUGCGGUUCUGAAGUAUUACUGGGUACAGCUCGGGUUAAAAUAUUAGACAAAUUCAAUAAUGAGCAUGAUUGUCGUGUGUUAUUAGAUGGAGGGUCACAAACUCAUUUCAUUACAAACGAAUUAGCAGAGAAAUUACAGUUAGAAAAACACAGUGUUAGUUUAACCUUCUCAGGCUUGGGUCAACAAGCGACCAAGGCACAAUACCUAGUAAAAACCGUUGUCAAGGCGCGUCAUAGUUCGUUUUCAAAUCAGGUAUUAUUUAUAACUCUACCCUCUAUUACCGGAUUGUUACCUUCACGACAAGUCGACCGUUCAAACAUGCAAUUGCCGCGAAACAUUCAAUUAGCAGAUCCAGAGUUUCAUAAACCAGGAAAAAUAGAUACCUUAUUAGGGAACACGCUGUUUUUCAAAUUGUUAAGUAUCGGACAGAUUCAAUUAAGCAGUAGGGCGCUGAUUCUACAAAAGACAUUGUUAGGUUGGAUAGUUACUGGCGAAUCAAAUAUACAAACACCAUAUAGAGCACCCACAUUGGUAAAUUCGUUUCACGUAACAACAUCUUUAGACAAAACAUUAAACAAAUUCUGGGAGAUAGAAGAAUUCAUAGAUAAGCAGUAUUUAUCAGCAGAGGAAAGGGCCGCGGAGGAUUUAUUUAAGCAAAGCACCGUACGAGACGUAGAUGGCCGAUAUUGUGUGAAGCUGCCAUUCAAUGAGCAAAAACAGCUCUUAGGUAAUUCGCGAGAAAUAGCACAGAAGAGGUUUUAUGCACUAGAACGCAAAUUGCAUUUAGAUCAAGACUUAAUAGUUAGAUAUAGCGAAUUUUUGAAGGAGUACGAGGAUUUAGGGCACAUGACGCAGGUCAUCGUAAACGAGGUAACCGAGGGUUUCUACGUGCCGCAUCAUGCGGUAGUAAAGGAGUCCAGCGAAACAACAAAGGUACGCGUAGUCUUCGACGCGUCCGCAAAAACGUCUACAGGGAUCUCAUUGAAUGAUACACUAUUAAACGGGCCUAUUUUGCAAGAUACUCUAUAUAAAUUAUUACUUAGAUUUCGUUCUUAUACAUAUGUUUUGACCGCGGAUAUUGAAAAGAUGUUCCGACAAAUUAGAGUGCAUCCUGAUGAUAGGAUUUUGUUGGUAUUGAAAUAA